GCGCCUUCCGGGGCGGAGCGCGGGCGGGCCGCAAGCGCAGCGGAGCGGAGCGGAUCGGGGCCGGCGGAACCAUGAUGGCGCAGCGGGCGCUUCCGAACCCUUAUGCCGACUACGACAAGUCCUUGGCCACCGGCUACUUCGAUGCUGCCGGGAGGCUGACCCCUGAAUUCACGCAGAGGCUGAAUAACAAGAUCCGGGAGCUGCUCCAGCACAUGGAGAGGGGCCUCAAGUCUGCGGACCCGCAGGACUGCACCGCAUACACUGGCUGGGCAGGCAUUGCUGUGCUGUAUUUGCACCUCUAUGAUGUGUAUGGAGACCCAGCCUACCUUCAGGCUGCCCAUGAGUACGUAAAGAAGAGCCUGAGCUGUCUGACAAGACGAUCCAUCACGUUCUUGUGUGGAGAUGCCGGGCCCCUGGCAGUGGCUGCUGUUGUCUACCACAAACUGCAGAACCAGAAGCAGUCAGAAGACUGCAUCACUCGUUUGCUCCACCUUCACAAGCUCGACCCCCGAGUGCCAGAUGAGCUGCUGUACGGGCGCAUGGGCUAUCUCUAUGCACUGAUGUUCGUGAACAAGCACUUCGGAGAGGAAAAGAUCCCUCAGAGUCACAUUCAGCAGGUCUGUGAAGCUGUUGUUGCCUCAGGAGAGAGUUUGGCCAAAAGGAGGAACUUCACAGCAAAGAGCCCGCUGAUGUAUGAGUGGUACCAGGAGUACUAUGUAGGAGCAGCCCAUGGUUUGGCUGGGAUUUACUACUAUCUCAUGCAGCCUGGCCUUGGAGUAAGCCAAGUAAAACUGCACAACACAGUGAAACCCAGUGUGGACUACGUCUGCCAGCUCAAGUUCCCAUCUGGCAAUUACCCUCCCUGCAUCAAUGACACCAGAGACCUACUCGUGCACUGGUGCCACGGAGCACCAGGUGUUAUCUACAUGCUUCUCCAGGCCUACAAGGUCUUUGGGGAGCAGCAGUACCUAAAUGAUGCCCUGCAGUGUGCAGAAGUCAUCUGGCAGUAUGGGUUACUGAAGAAAGGCUAUGGACUGUGCCAUGGCACAGCUGGCAAUGCUUACAGCUUCCUGGCACUGUAUAACCUCACUCAGAACAUGAAAUAUCUUUACAGGGCCUGCAAGUUUGCAGAGUGGUGUUUAAGCUAUGGCCAGCAUGGGUGCCGGACUCCAGACACUCCAUUCUCUCUCUUUGAAGGAAUGGCUGGAACGAUUUAUUUCCUUGCUGACCUGCUGGUGCCAACCAAGGCCAAGUUCCCUGCAUUUGAACUCUAAAUCUGAGCUUGGCAGUUUCAUGCCUGAAUCCAUCUGCACUUGGAAAAGCAGUUUGGAUCCGCUUUCUCCUCCUUCCGAAGUCGUCGUUGUUCACCUAACUGAAGGGAAACCCGUCCUCCUGAGGGCAUGCUGAGUUCUCUAAUACUUCUGGUCAUCUCACUGCAUUGUUUCCAUUUAAAAGACAGAAUGCAGGUUUGGCUGGUGUCUUAAAAACACAGGACUGCAGGUGGGAGCAGGGAGAAGAUACACAGUAUUCUGUUGGCUAGAGUGUUCUGCUAUUUUUUGUAUCCCAUUUCCUGUAUCCUGUUUCCUGGGUGAAAGUUUUCUAUUGAAUGCAUCUUUGGCUGUUUAUUAUUUUGUGCUGACAAAUACCAGCAGGAAUGUAGUUGCCUUUGGAAAACAAAAGAUGAAAAACUGGCACUACUGGCCUGCAAGCUGCUUGUAAGAGUUUCCUGCCUGAACACCCAGGGAGCAGGCAGUUCAGUAUCUGGACUGCUCCACAUAAAGCAAAUGUGAUGGGCUGUGGAGACUUUGUAUAUGUUUUUUAAACAUCAAAUUGCAGGUGGCAUAGCUGGGUCUGUCCUGAAUUUCCACUUACCUGCUUUAAAGACAAAGGCUAUGUAUAACUUCUGUGCAUUUUUUCCCAGUGACAGACAAAUAAUCCACUGGCUUUUGUGCCUAUUUGCCACGUUAUGCUAAACCUUGCAAAAGGCAAUUGAUUAUCUAAUGGUAAACUCCAAAAGUGAGCUAAGCAUGCUUUCUGGUGUGGUCUCUUCUGCUUAGCUUUGAAGGUUUAUUAUGAAGUCUUUUGUUACAGUUGUAUAUGAAUAUGAUGGGUGAGAGGUGGUGCCAGGCCCACCAGCAGCAGCAUGGGAAAAGCAAUGUAUUCCACUGAGUUCUGCCAGCUUUAACUUGUUCCCUGUAUGGAUGUUGUUUACAUGCUUUUAUAAGCUUUCCUGAACCUGGAUAAUUUGAAUCACUUGUUUGCCUUGUUA